AUGUACAACAUGGAAAUUCAAACAGAAGCAGCAGAAAAGCGGGAGUCCAGUGUUGGAAACAUAAACAAUAAUUACAUGGAUUAUACUUCCCAAGUUCCCCACGAUUGUGAUGGCAAAUAUGCACAGAUUCAACCCACGCUCCCAACGGAUGUCAAUGGAACACAACCUCGAGCACGACCGGCCCAGAAGAAAUCGAAAAAAUUGAAACGUUACAGGAGACCUAUGAAUGAUUUCCUGAUGUUUUGCAAAAAACAUAGGAGACGUGUUCGUCAAGUUUAUAGUACCAAAGAAAAUCGAUUUAUAACGAAAAAGCUCGGACUGUUGUGGAGCCUUCUUACUGAUGAACAAAAGCAUCCGUACAAGGUAUUGUCGGAUAAUCAUAAGGAAAGAUAUCUGACGGCGUUCCCGGACUAUCAGUGGACGAAAAACCCGAAGGUUGUACCAGAAUCUACAUCAACAGCUGCCGCAGUACCUACUGGCGAGGACGGUAGCAACACGUCGUCGACGGACGGCGGGAACAGUCCGGAGGAAACUUUGUGCAAUGACGAGCGAGUGGCCGCACAGGCUCUACUGGCAAUUUCGACAGGGGUAGGAUUACCGCCAAUGGCCACCUUUAGGUUGGCCGAUGUCAAUCAAAUGGGCAGUCUCAGCACGUUGAUUGCAGGCAGUGGCGAUCAUUCUGUUGGUGCCACUAUGAGAUCAGAAGUCCCAGCUAAUGGAUUGGAACACAACUAUUCCGUGUCAAACGACACUGCUGCGACGGUCGAAGAGGAACCGUACAGGAAUAUGCAGCAUUUUCUAGAGAAUAUGCGACCAAAGCCGAAUCAAGCUGCCAUGUCGACUUUCAGUGUCCCUCCAGCUAUGUCCGUCGGUGCCGUUGAAGCGCAGGCUAAUAGCACUCCCUCUGCUGUUUCUGGACGUGCCAAUCGUUCAUGCAAGGGCAAACGCUACAAGGAGUUCAUGGAGCAACAACAGCUUGCCCGACACUCGCAUGGCACUGGGGCUUCUUCCAAUCAACGCAAACAGGCACAAAAACGGUCAGUCGCCCCCACUGCCACCGUCACUUCCGCGUCAGCAACAGUGCCAGAUCUCUCAGCAACGCAUGUACCUCCAACGUCCAGCGUCCGCAUCGAAGGGGGUGCCACCUCUAGCCGAGUACCGGACGAUGAAGCCUUCGCUGCCUUAAACAAGGAACUUAAUGCGGAAAUCGACCAACUACCGCUCUUCGACAUAAUGGAAAUCCUACUCAAGCAGAAUAAGAGGCACAAGAAGCCCUACGCCAUAUCUUCCAAAGCCGGCAAGAAACGAAAGGUAACAUCACCAAAGAGCUGCAUCGCGAUGCCGCCCCCCGAAACGAUCACUUCAGCGAGCAUUUCCUCUCCGUCACCACCACCACCACCACCGGUCGUGCAUCCUGUAAUUGCGUCCUCGUCACCCGUGGAAGUACCCGCACCGCCCGUGACACCGAUCUCAUCGGCUCCAGCAUUGCCGCCAACCGCCCCAACAAAAAUUGUCGGUUGCCGGAAGCGAAAGGCGCCAAAGGAAUGCAUCACACGCUACACCGUCCUCUAA